CUCGGCAGCUUUUAUUACUUAGCCCCGUGGAGCACAUGGGUAUUCGUGAUCUUGGCUGGGCAACAAUGAAGUUGUGCGGGUUUUGUUCUUUGUACCAUAUGUGCUGAUGCAUGCAGGCCAUUGCCUGGUUUUGUGUCCGUACAGCAGCUAGCACACGUGGUUGUCACCUGGACCCUUGAUAGUGUUGACUACUGUAGGCCAUGAAAUUUUAGUCUGGUUUAUAGUUUAGCACUGACUUCUGAGCUCUGUUGUCAUAAAACUUAAAGUGGCUGGCAAGGCACCAUCCUUGGACAAUUACACGCUGGGACACUGAUCAGUCAACACUAUACUGCAGACAGUGGGAUGGCAUUUGUGGCCUGCAGUUGGCAAAGGCUGUGUUUAUGUUUUUCAGUGUGAUCAAACUGGGGGAAAUCACAAUACUUCUGUGUUAACUUGCUGUACACAACAAAUUUGAAGUGGAUGUAACUCAUAACUGUUUGCAGCUUUGGAGCAGGCCCCCGCGUGUUGACUUCUUCUUCUUGUGUGUCGGAUCACUUCUCUUGGAUUAUUUUUUUCGUGACAAAUUGACCCGACUGAUCGUCCAGUUAAACGUUCCACUCAUGUACUCAUCCCCAAUGGUUCUCAAGCCCCGCCUUAAGGAAAUUAUGAAGGAUCACAGUGACAGCCGAACACCUGAAUCUCCAGUGGAACAGACUACCAUGAAUAAGCUUGCAACCCAGACGUCACCUAGUGCUGUAGCUAUGGCAACACAUCCUAGGUCUCUGUCUACAAACUCAGCUUCAGGUUCGUUGGUGAAUGGGAUGCAUUCUCCGCACAGCGUGAACAGCACCCCGUCACCCCCAAGCAACGUGACCGGUAUGACCCCAGCAGGCCAGGAGCUCCCCCCAGCCUGUGGGGCCAGGCAGCUUAGUAAACUCAAGAGAUUCCUGACGACACUACAGCAGUUUGGCUCGGACAUCUCGCCUGAAAUUGGCGAGAGAGUCAGGAAUUUAGUCAUGGGACUCGUGAAUAACGCGUUGACGGUGGAAGAUUUCCACCACAAACUUCAGGAAGCAACCAACUUUCCCCUCAGACCAUUCGUGAUUCCAUUUCUCAAGGCUAAUCUGUCUCUGCUGCAACGGGAGUUGAUGCACUGUGCUAGAUUAGCCAAAAUGACACCCUCCCAGUAUUACAUGCAGCACGAGCAGCAGAUUCUGGACGGCAAAGCCGUGCCGGCGGAAGGGGAAGCCGUGACGGAUAUCAACGAAAACGGUAAACGACGAACGCCGGACGACAGAAUAAUGGGGCGACCCAAAGAGAACGGUGCCGACCACAACAUGACGGAGGUCCCCCUUCCCAAGAGGCAUUGCUCCGUCAGCCCCGGCAGUAUCCAUCUGACGACGCCGCCCCAGGCCCCCAACCACUACCCGGCCGCUGCCAUGCCGCAUCAUCAGAUUCGUAUGGAGGACCUAGCCCACGCCCGGGAGAUGAGGGAGAUGGCCCGGGAGAGAUACGAACGGGAACGGGACAGGCACCCAGGAUACAGUUUUCCAGCUAGAGAGCACGUCUACCCCGAUCAAAUGUUUCUUGACGAUAGAAUAGAGGACGACUGGAAACAUGUCGACACGAUGCUGCAAUGCAUUGUGGGUAUGGUAGAGAAGACCAAACGUGCCCUGGCCGUGCUCCACCAGCGCAGCAUCCAGGACCGCGAGGAACUGUCGCUGUGGGCCCGCCGACACACCGAAAGCACCGAGCAGGAUCUGAAGAAGCGCGCCGACGACUUGAUACCCCACGGCCUGCGGGGGAACGAGGAGCGCAUCGCCGAGGUCAAACGGCGGGCCGGCGGGCCCCGGAACUCUCUCAGACUGGGUGAAUGCACUUUCCAACAUCUUUCAUUCGAAGAAGCCGUGAACGAGGUGAAGCGCCAGGCGGUCUCGGAACUGCAGAAGGCCGUCGCGGCGGCCGAGCAGAAGGCCAACGAGAUGGUGAACGCCGAGCGAGCCAAGCUGGACCAGGCCGUGGUGGACGCACGCCGGCAAGCUGCUGACAAUGUGGUGUCUAUGCUGAACCAUCAAGAGGACUCGAGCGAGAGUUGUUGGAACUGUGGACGCAAGGCCAACGAGACGUGUAGCGGCUGCAACACUGCCAGGUACUGUGGAUCGUUCUGCCAGCACAAGGACUGGGAAACCCACCACCGCGUGUGUGGACAGUAUGCUGCGCAGGGUACCAGUGCACAGGGUACCCGGGACACGACAGCACCCCAGGCGGCCGGUAGCAAACCCAUGGCGGCGAUCGCUGCGUCCUCCGCCGCGGCAAGUCCCGCAGAAUCCAGUCAUUCUAACGUCUCGACGGCAGGCUCCCCUCCUGCUGCUAUCGCCGUAACUGCGGAGGCCGCUCGGUGAGGGCGAAGCGAAGAGUAACGAGACGACAACCAACCAUUAUACAAUCCUCACCAGUGUUUACAUUUAAAAUGUCUCAACAAUUUGUACUAUGUAUAUAAAGAGAAGUAUGUAAUAUAUCUAUGGAAACAAAAAGUAUUAUUACUUUCUUGCCAGCUUUCAAGUUGUGUAAAAAUUUGGCAGAAUCGUUUGCCUGGCUUUACCCACACACCGAAUGGAUAAACUUCCCUUCUAUCAAAUUGGCUUCGUUUAUGUGUGCUGCUUUAAAGAGUGUAGACUGAAGUUUUUUUGGUUUGUUUUUUUUUUUUUAAGUUUGAACAUUUUCUCAAUACUUUCUGUCAAGAUAUUACCCACACUUUUUACCUGUACUGACAAUACUUGAAUGUACAAUGAAAUCAAAACAAAGUGUAACAUUGAAUGAAACGAAUACAACACUAACUUUCGACAUUUAUGAAUGGCAGAAAAUCUGUGUUUGGCAAAAGAGAGGGAAAGAAAUGAAUGACUGCAGUUUUUAAUAUGCGUAUGAUUUAUUCAUUUGCGGGCAACACAAUACAAGACAUUCAUGAUCGGCCUAACGUGAACAACAAUGUUAAUCAGAUGGUCCUCAGAGCCUGUGAACACAUAAUGAGUCCGAUGCUAGAACGUCCCCAAUUCCAAAAAAAUCGCAAAAAAAAAGUUUCCCCAAGCCGUCAAAACUAAUCUCUACAUUUCUUGAUAACUUCUACGGAUUGCCAAAGGAUAAUGAAGAUGAUUUAGAAUGUGUAUUCUUGAAUGUUACUAAACUUAAGUUUUGUUAAAUUUAUAGUUUAAAUUCACCUUUUUUGUUUUUGCAUUCGCGCACCUCAUACUAAGUUCAAAUGAAUGUAACAUACAUACAAACGACCUAUCAGACUAGAAAUGACUCUUUAUAGGGAAUCUUAAAUAAACGAAGACCCAAAAUACA